CACGUGGAUUGCUGGCUGGCAGGAACUACACUGUAGCCAACAUGGAAGGGAGGAAUAUGCCAGACUUGGGACACACAGGCUCUGCGAAGGAUAUGUUGGGAGACGGUGAGUGAGAGGAACUGCUCAGUACCUUGCUGUUUGUUUAUAGCUCUGGUACAGAGCCUGUUUAUGGCAAUGUAUGUGUUGCACAGAGUCCUGACUUGGAACAAAACUGUCCAAUAAACCCAGUAAUAUAUAUAUAGAUAUGUGAGCAGUCUGUAUUCUGUUUACAGGUAUUCUGUGCUUUGUACACCAUGUUAAAUCCAUUUUCAGUGUAAGCAUGUUGAUGUGAGUUUGAUUGCUGUGUUUUUUGCAUAAAUAUUUCUUGAUUCUGUAAUAAACCAUAUCAGAUUAAAGUAGAUUUAAAUAGAGUGAUAUGUAUAUAGAGCAUGUUUUUUUACCUCAUAAACUGAUAUUGUUUAAUGAUGUGGUAAAGUACACCUGUCUUAUUUUAAAGGUUCCAGUACUUUAAUACCUUUCGAUUAAUUGAUGGCAUCUGUCUUUUAUAGCUAACAAGCGAUUUAGUUUUAGGCUGUACUUGGCAUAGGCCAAAUUGCUUCCAAGAAAAGGUUCCAUCUGCCCUGUUAUGCAAGCAAAAUACACUACAAGCACCUUUAGAAACAUAAGAUAUUUUGUAAGUAGCUCCCUGUCACCUUCUCUCUGUAUUAUGUUGCUGCAGAUUACUCAGCCUCUGUCCAAUCAUAUUAUAGGGAAAGUAUAGCUACUGGCAGAGGUGAAAAGGUUUUAAAUUGAAUAUUUGUACAAGUCCCCGCUACUUUUAAAGGGACACUAUAGGCACCCUAACCACUUCAAGAAACUAUACCAAGCCUGUCUCUAGUGGCUGUCUACCAAAAACGCACUAGAGACACUUCCUGCUGUUCCGUGAAACUACACUGGAUUUCCUAUGGAGAAGGCCUAAUGAGCAGUUCCCCCAUUGCCCGAUGUUUGAGGAGGAGAAGCUGGAAUCAGGUAAGUGAAAAAAGGAUUUAAAACUUUUACAUGGUGGGAGGGCAGAGGUUAGGAAUACAGGUUUGUAUUCAUAACACAAUAGUGUUCCUUUAAAAGCUUUCUUUUAGCUAUAUAUUAACCCCUUAAGGACACAUGACAUGUAUGACAUGUCAUGAUUCCCUUUUAUUCCAGAAGUUUGGUCCUUAAGGGGUUAAAGAGCUUGUGCUGCCAAAUUUAUAUUUUUCCCUGUUCUUGUAUUUACAUAAGGAAGGUAAACUGCAUUAAAUGGUACACGUUUAACCCCUUAAGGACCAAACUUCUGGAAUAAAAGGGAAUCAUGACAUGUCACACAUGUCAUGUGUCCUUAAGGGGUUAAACACCAUACUGACAAAAUACAUUACUCUUUAGUUGAUAUAGCCCCAAUGAAAAUAUGCAUACAUUAAUUAUCCAUUUUUCAUUGGAGUUAUGUCUAAUAACAGGUUGCAAAAGCUGGAAAUCUCUUGUCUGAAAAAACUAUACAAGCUAUCCCUUUCUCACCCAGCCCACACAUCCUGUGGCUAUCCAAACACAGACUUUCCAAUGCUGCAGUUCAAUGAGAAGUAUUUGCAAGGCAAUUGCUCUAAACAGUUGCCUGCCUCUUGACUUGAAGGGAUUCUCUAGUGCCAGGAAAACAAACUGGUUUUCCUGGCACUAGAGAAUCCUGGAGUGCCCCUCCCCCCAUAAGACACCUACCUGAAUCCAGCGGCUAAGGUCAGGCUCCGCCCAUGAUCCUCCUUGCAGACGUCCGCCGGCGGGGGAGACAUAAUGCACAUGCACCGAUGUCCCCUGGCUCCGCAGACGUCCGCCGGUGGGGGAGACCUAAUGCGCAUGCACGGCAAUGGCCACGCGCGGGCAUUAGACUUCCCCAUAGGAAAUAAUUAUUCAAUGCUUUUCUAUGGGGAUUCCGGCGAUGCUGGAGGUCCUCUUGCAUAGCGUGAGGACAUCCAGCGUCGUUUAGAUGACCAAAAGUCGUCUAAGAGGAGGACUUAACCCUGCAAGGUAAUUAUUGCAGUUUAUAAAAACUGCAAUAAUUACACUUGCAGGGUUAAGGGUGAUGGGUGUUGGCACCCCAACUUCAGUGGGCUGAAGUGGUCUGGGUGCCUACAGUGUCCCUUUAAGCUCCACUGAGCUAAACAACCAGGAAGUAAUAUGACCGGUUGUCCAAUUGACAGACAGGGGUGUUUAACAAGCUUAACAGCUUACUGUAUUUGUUAUGGUGAAUAGAAUCUUUCCCUUCAGGCGUUUGGUAGAAAACACAGUUUGUUUUUUUUCAUAGAAAAGGCAGUAUUUACAUUACAGCCUAGGGAUACCUCCAGUGGCCACUCCUCAGAUAGCUACUAGAAGUGCUUCUUGGGGCAGUGCUGCACAGUAUGCAGCACUGACAUUAAGUGAAUGCAUAACCCUUUGCAUGGAUACACUGAACGUUCCUCAUAUAGAUGCAUUCAUAUAUGAAUGUUUGUGUUCCUGACACUGUAGUGGUCCUUUAAAAAAUUUCUAUCAAAAUAUGCACUUUUUGUGAAAUUAAAAACAAAAGACAAAUUCUUCACAUAUAAAGCACAUAAAGUAAGUGUAACUUUUCUUUAAAGAAACACAUAAUGUUAUGAAUAUAAACCUGUGGUCUUAACACUAUAGUGUCCAAAAGCUUGAUUAAUUUUAGAUGCCCCCCACAUUUGCAGUACAAGCUAAAAAAAGCUUUUUUUUUUAUUUACCUUUUCUCCAGUGCCGCUCUGCCUCCCAAUCUUCCAUGACGUCAUUCGGUUCUUUCGCAGAUUAAUCCAAUGCUCCUCAUAGAAGAGCAUUGGGGAUUAAUGUGCAUGCACAGCGAAAGCAGCAUGAAUCCAAAUGCUUCUCAUAGGAAAGCAUUUAAUUCAAUGCUUUCCUAUAAACUGCUUUGUCACAGGACCAAGUUUUUUUUUUUUUCAAUUGUUGCUUUGGACAUGCAUCUAGUGGUUGUCAGUGUUUACCCCUGCAAUGUUGUAGUAAAUAUUUAUUUAUUAAAAGAUAUAAAGUGUUCUUCAACAUGUAGACAGUAUACAUAUGCUAAAAUGUAGACCAUACACAGUGAGGGAAAAAAGUAUUUGAUUCCCUACUGAUUGCCCACUGACAAAGAAAUGAUCAGUCUAUAAUUUUACUAGUACGUGUAUUUUAACAGUGAGCGACCGAAUAAAAAAACAAAAAAUCCUGAAAAACGCACGUCAAAAAAGUUAUACAUUUGCAUGUCAAAGAGUGAAAUAAGUACUUGAUCCCCUAUCAAUCAGCAAGAUUUCUGGCUCCCAGGUGUCUUUUAUACAGGUAACCAGCUGAGAUUAGGAGCACUCUCUUAAAGGAAGUGCUCCUAAUCUCAACUGGUUACCUGUAUAAAAGACACCUGUGCACAGAAGCAAUCAAUCAAUCAGAUUCCAAACUCUCCACCAUGGCCAAGACCAAAGAGCUGUCCAAUGAUGUCAGGGACAAGAUUGUAGACCUACAUAAGGCUGGAAUGGGCUACAAGACCAUUGCCAAGCAGCUUGGUUAUGAGGUGACAACAAUUGGUGCGAUUAUUCGCAAAUAGAAGAAACUCAUAAUAACUGUCAGUCUCCCUCGGAGUUUCAGUGAUCAUGAAAACGGUGAGGAAUCAGCCCAGAACUACACGGUAGGAUCUUGUUAAUGAUCUCAAGGCAGCUAGGACUAUAGUCACCAAGAAAACAAUUAGUAACACACUACGCCGUGAAGGACUGAAAUCCUGCAGCGCCCGCAAGGUCCCACUGCUCAAGAAAGCACAUGUACAGGCCUGUCUGAAGUUUGACAAUAAACAUCUGAAUGAUUCAGAGGAGAAUUGGGUGAAAGUGUUGUGGUCAGAUGAGACCAAAAUCGAGCUCUUUGGCAUUAACCCAACUUGCCGUGUUUGGAGAAGGAGGAAUGCUGCCUAUGACCCCACGAACACCAUCCCCACCAUCAAACAUGGAGGUGGAAACAUUAUACAGUGAGGGUGUUUUUCUGCUAAGGGGACAGGACAACUGAACCGCAUCAAAGGGACUGACAAAUCUUGGGUGAGAACCUCAUUCCCUCAGCAAGGGCAUUGAAAAUGGGUUGUGGAUGGGUAUUCCAGCAUGACAAUGACCCAAAACACACAGCCAAGGCAACAAUGGAGUGGCUCAAGAAGAAACACAUUAAGGUUCUGGCGUGGCCUAGCCAGUCUCCAGACCUUAAUAGAAAAUCUGUGGAAGGAGCUGAAGAUUCAAGUUGCCAAACGUCAGCCUUGAAACCUUAAUGACUUGGAGAGGAUCUGCUAAGAGGAGUGGGACAAAGUCCCUCUUGAGAUGUGUGCAAACCUGUUGGCCAACUACAAGAAACGUCUGACAUCUGUGAUUGCCAACAUGGGUUUUGCCACCAAGUACAAAUACUUAUUUCACUCAUUAACAUGCAAAUCAAUUUAUAAUUUUUUUUUACAUGCGUUUUUCGGGAUAUUUUUUUUGUUUGUUUGUUUUAUUUGGUCUCUCACUGUUAAAAUACACCUACCAUUAAAACUAUAGACUGAUAAUUUUUUUGUCACUGACAAACGUUUAAAAUAAGCAGGGGAUCAAAUACUUUUUUCCCCUCACUGUACACAUGUUCUCAUACCAUACUGAGAAAGAACAGCCCCCACCCCAAUUUCGGAGGCAUCAACCUCCAGUAUGAAGGAUUUGCUAGUGUCAGGAUGUACCAAAAUGUCAGCAGAAGCAAACAAUUUUUUAAGAAGUUUUAAAAGCUUCUCUAGUUUCUUUAGACCAUAUAGUACAACUAUACGUGUCAUAUUGGUGAUGGGGGCUAUCACAGAAGAGAACCCUUUGAUGAAUCUCCUGUAGUAAUUAGCAAAACCAAUAACCUUUUGAAUGGGUUUUAACCCAUUAGGUAAAGGCCAGUGUAGAACAGCCUCCAGUUUAUGAGGAUCCAUUUGGAAACCAGAGGCGGAGAUAUUAUACCCCAAAAACUGUCAAAAACGGGUCAAAUAUGCAUUUCUCAAGUUUUCAAUAAAGACAAUUUUUAAGCAAAGUUUCCAGUACUUGAUUGACAUGUUUGUGAUGAGUCUGGAGGUCAGUGGAAUAAAUAAGGAUAUCAUCCAGGUACACUAGAACAAAAUAAUAAAUAUAGCCUCUGAGCACAUCAUUUAUAAAGUCUUGAAAUACGGCCGGAGCAUUACAUAAAUCGAAAGGCAUGACAAGAUACUCGUAGUGCCAUUUUCCACUCAUGAUCUUCCUUAAAGGACCACUAUAGUGCCAGGAAAACAAACUCGUUUUCCUGGCACUAUAGUUCCCUGAGGGUGCCCUCACACUCAAGGUCCCACUCCCGUGGCGCUGAAGGGGAAGGAAGGGGUUACUCCCUUACCUUUUUUCCAGCGCUGGGCUCCCUCAGCACUGGGACUCUCCUCCCUCUUCUGUCGUCCCUGGCUGAAUGCGCAUGCGUGGCAAGAGCCGCGCGCGCAUUCAGCCAGUCCAUAGGAAAGCAUUCUCAAUGCUUUCCUAUGGACGCUGGCGUCUUCUAACUGUGAAAAUCAUAGUGACAAGCGCGGAAGCGCCUCUAGCGGCUGUCAAUGAGAAUGCCACUAGAGGCUGGAUUAAACUCUGAAACUGCUAUGUUUACAGCAAAAAGGCUUAAACCUAGCUGGACCUGGCACCCAGACCACUUCAUUAAGCUGAAGUGGUUUGGGUGCCUAUAGUGGUCCUUUAAUUCUUACUAAAUUGUACGCACUCCUAAGGUCAAGUUUAGUAAAUACCUUAGCACCCUGGAGCCUGACAAACAAUUUGGAGAUAAGAGGAAUGGGAUAGGCAUUUUUAAUGAUGAUCUUGUUUAAAGCCCUGUAGUCAAUGCAUGGCUGUAAUUCUCCAUCUUUUUUGGAUACAAAAAAUAACCCUGCUCCAGCAGACGAGGAUGACUUAACGUAUGUGGCCUUUAUUUAGAGAAUCUUUGAUGUACAUGUAACCCCCAGGCAUAAAAGGGUUAAACCGCCAUUUAGUAGAUCUUCCCCUUCCAGAGACACAGGUACCGCAGAACCCCAAACUCCCGAACAGGAUACAAAGUAGCACUCCAAACUACUGAACUGGAACCUCACGAAUAGCUGCUAGCAGCUGAACAGGAAAAGCACCCAAGCGGCUCACACUCCUGGCAAUCAGUCUCUAACAGCAUACAGUAAAUCCCACCAAGAACGAGACAAAGCUCCGUGUUGAGGGUCAAGCAGUAAACAGCCAGAGCUUUAUUGUUCUUAUAUACACAUUAGUACCACCCACAGGGUUUUGUAAAACAACCAAUAAACGUACAAUACACUCAAACACUCCCACACAAAAUCCUCCCCUCUGCCUGUGAUACAAUUACCUUACACAAUGGGUUAAUGUAAUUAUCACAGGCAGAGAAAUACAGUUUUUCCACAUUAUUCAUAACUUUAAAAGUAUUAAUUCACAUAAAACUUACAUUUUCAGAAUCAGCAUACUCCAAAUACAAACAUAUGUCAAAAUCAUCCAGAUUGUGACCAUAUAAAGCAUGGCUUUUCUGCCCAAAACCAGUUCCACAGAGUCUUCUAUCCUGGAGAUAAUGGGGAAGUAAUCAAAUUAUCUCCAAGGACAGAGGCAAAACUCCAUUGAACACAUGGUAGCAAAAGACAAUAAAAUACAUAAAAAUAUAUAACUGUGCAGCUAUUGCAUAAAACAGGUACAUUCAACAUAUCCCCAGAUAGCAUGAUUACCGAAUGGCGCUCAGAUCACAUACAUACAGUUCAAUUGCCAUGGAGCCAAAGUCUUUCACAUAGUCUUUCGUUAUACGAAUGGGCUCCAUGGCAUAGCUAUCUGGGGUAUCACUGUUCAAAUAGGGCCAGUACCGAAUGACCCGGCUUUUAUGUCUUUGCAGGGGAAAAUCAAGCGUUUCAACAUGGGGCCAUAGUCUAAAGGCAGCAGGCGGGCAACCAGCCUCCUCCAAUGCACAGUGGCGAGAUUGGUCUCGUCACAGUACUACUCUCCUGUGGGGAUAAGGCAUAUACUGCCCCCUUAGGUGGGCAUAGCGCUGGGUAGCAGAUCUAUGGAGCAAUCAUAUGAUCUGUGAGGAGGUAGAGUAUUAGUCUGUUUCUUGCUGAACACCUCUUUAACCUCCUUGUAUUGUAUGGGAGUUUCGGAGGUAUGAGGUGUAGCGAUGGGCAAUGUAAUGAUGCCCAUUCUCUUAGUAAUGGGUACCACACAUCUCUCUAAACAGUCUUUACCCUUCUAGUAUUUCUCCCUUAGCCCAGUCAAUAUGAGGAUUGUGCUUAAUGACCCAAGGAAAUCCGAAUAUGAUGGGACAAUAAGGAGAAGCAAUUAUCUGGAAUGUUAUGUUUUCCUUGUGUAAAGCUCCUAUGGAAAUGUUAAUAGGCAAGGUUUCAUGGGUAAUCAAGGGUUGAGAGAGAGGUCUUCCGUUAAUGGUCUCAACAGCCAGAGGUGGUGAUCUCUCCUUAAUAGGUAUGGAGUGUUUUUUCACAAUAUGCAUGUCAAUGAAGUUUCCUGCUGCACCUGAGUCCAUCAGAAAACAUUUUUCUUGUUGCAAAGGGAAGUGAUGUCAAGGAGAAAUUAUACGUCCCACUGAUUACCAGAGGAUGUAUCCAUCACACCUAAGACCUGUCCCCUUAAGGUUCUUAGGUGCGGAAGUUUUCCGGGCGUAUGGGACAAGCAUAUCUCAUAUGUCCUUUUUUACCACAGUAUAAGCAAAGACCCUCCUUUCUCCUAUACUGUCUCUCUGCCUCUGACAGUCUAGUGACCCCCAGCUGCAUAGGCUAGGGUUCGGACUGUAUAGAAAGGUCAGGGAUAAUAGGUUUGGAGAAACGAGGUGCCAGUGACAUAGCCAUACAUCUGGUUCUAUUUCUAGUAAUUUCUCUGGUCCUAAGUCUGUUAUCAAUCUGCAUCACAAAUGUGAUGAAGUCAUUUAAUCUCUUAGGUAGAUCUUUGGCAGCAAUUUCAUCAAGAAUUGCCUCGGAUAAUCCUUCUUUAAAUGCAGAGAUCAGUCCGCUAUUAUUCCAGUCUACCUCAUAAGCCAAGGUACGAAAUUCUAUGGCAUACUCAGAGAUAGACCGAUUCCUUUAUUUGAUACACAUUAGGGCAGUGGAAGCCUUAUCCUCCCUGCCUAAUGGUUCAAAUGUAAAUUUAAAUACCGCAAGGAAUUCUUGGUAGUUAUACGCAAUACUCCUAUUACUCUCACAUAAAGGAUUGGCCCAAGAUAAGGCUUUACCUUUAAAGGGAAAAGAUCCCGGUGAGGCCUCAAAGUGGUACUCAAUUUGAUUCAGAAAUCCCCAGCAUUCUUUAAUAUUACCAUCAAAAUGUGGGUAGAUAGUAGGCGCCUUAUAUACUAUAGGUGGAGGUAUAUUUGGCGGAUGUGAGAUAAUCGGAGGGACCUCAGGCUGUAAAUGCGCUGUCCGAGUAAGAAGUGUACUGAGAGAGUGGGCAAAUUGAUCCAUAUGGUGAUCAUUCUCCUCAUUCUCCUCUAGCUUUCUAUGUGUUGACAUAAUUCUAUGGCCAUGUCGUAAUAUCAGGAGUACUAGUAGAUCCAGUACGCAGAUCCAGUACGCAGAAUUAUAUCACACCUAGGACAAAAGAUAACGUCUUACCGGGCCUUAGAAUGGCUGGACUUAACGUACCGGAGAAUUGUAAAAAUACUUGCAGAGGUAAGGGACACAGAAGGAGACACAACGAUGAGGGAAAGCCAAAAGUCAAGGAUACCAGAAUUCAGGGAAGUCAAAACAAAGCCAGAGUCAAAAACCAGAAAUAAAUGGUUAAGCACACGGCGGAUCACCAACUAAGGAAAUCACGACAGGGCACUGACAGAAAGGUAAUUUGGGUUUAAAUAUCCCUCCUUUGGCUGUAAUUGGCUGCCUCCGACCUCUGUCCCCAAAAUGUGCGUGCGCAUCUAUGAUGUGACAUUGCACGCACAUUGGCGUCAUCUUUGGUGUGGGUGAAGGUAAGUCUAUUUAUUAUACAAAUUUGAACCGCAGCGGUCGACACUCCUAAGAGCUUCGCACCCGCUGGGGACUGGACCAGAGUGAGGUCGGGCAGUGAUCUGCCGCGAACAAGGUAGGUAAAAUUUGUCUCUGUCGGUGUGGUUGCUUACUUUAUGUGCAACCACGCCGGCAGAAUCACUGGGAGCCGUGACACAUACUUUAUAAAUAGACACCUCUAGAGGAUACCUGGUUGCAGGGAUUCUCCAUGGCAUAUUGUAGGGACUAUAUGAAUACAAAAAUAUCUUUAGUCUAAUAAAGUGAUUUUGAUGUAUAGACCAUGUCCCUGCUGCGUAACAGCUCAAUUCUCUGUCAUUUAGGUGUUACAUAACUUUUAUGUGUAACGUUUAUGCAGCCUUAGUUACACCUCCCCUGCAUGUGACCUACACAGUCUACCCACACAUUUCCUGUAAAGGGAGAUGGAAUGUUUAAACUUCCUUUAUAGCACAUCUGUUUAAUUUAGAAUUUCUUAUUUCAUGCACUGUUAAUAGCCUGCUACAACCUACAGGAGCCUCCUGAGUGUGAUUAAAGUUUAAUUAACAGAAUAAAACUUCUAAAGUAAACACACUUUUUUCUGUCAGAUCUGAUUGAAAAUUAAAGAGACACUAUAGUCACCUAAACAACUUUAGCUUAAUGAAGCAUUUUUAGUGUAUAGAUCAUGCCUCUCAGGUUUUACUGCCAUUUAGGAGUUAAAUCACUUUGUUUUUGUUUAUGCAGUCCUUGCCACACCUCCCCUGGCUAUGAUUGAUACAGCCGGCAUGAAAAAAAAAAACUGUUUCACUUUCAAUCAGAUGUGAUUUACCUUAAACAAUUUUAUCUCUUGCUCUGUAAAUUGAACUUUAAUCACAUACAGGAGGCUCUUGCAGGGUCUAGCAAGCUAUUAACAUAUCAGGGGAUAAAACCAUCUAAAUUAAACAGAACUUGCAAUAAACAAAGGAUAAACUUUAGAUGACUCUUUACAGGAAGUGUUUAGGAAGGAGGUGUGACUAGGGUUCAUAAACAGUGAUUUAACCCCUAAACGGCAGAGAAUUGAGCAGUAAGGCUGCAGGGGCAUGUUCUAUAUACCAAAACUGCUUCAUUAACCUAAAGUUGUUUUGGUGACUAUAGUGUCCCUUUAAACCAUUUUUCAUGUUAAAUGUGUGAGUCACUGCCAGGGAAGGUGUGUCUAGGGAUGCAUAAACAGAAACAAAGUGAUUUAACUCCUAAAUGUUAGAGAAUUGAGCAAUGAGACUGCUGUGGCAUGAUAUAUACAACAAAACCACAUCAUUAGACAUAAGUUGUGUUGGUGCUUAGAGUAUACCUUUAACCCCUUAAGGACCAAACGUCUAGAAUAAAAGGGGAUCAUGACAUGUCAUGUGUCCUUAAGGGGUUAAAAUGGGCUUCUUUGGCAUGCAUUUCAUUCAGGGAGAUUAAUUAUGUAUCCAGAGAAAGGGAGAGAUAAGUGCACCCUGUCAUGACUGCAUACUUCUCUCUGCCACUUUAUUAAGUUAUGAAUUAGCAUGCUGUAUGUCCUAAUGUCUGACAAAGAGGGAGAGAGUAUACUGGCAGGCUGAUCAACUGCCUAUAGAGGCAGCACGACAGGCACAAAGUAAAAAAUUAUCUCCAGAAUGAAACACUUUAAAAAGAAAAACUGCCAGGACAGGUUCUUUGCACCAUGACCACUUCAGUAAGAUGAAGUGGUUAAGGUGCUUAGAGUGACCUUUAUUAUGAUAGAACUGUUUUUAGCUUUGGUAGAUACCAUGUUAAUGAAUAUCACCAGUAGUACUUUAUAAUCUUGUUUUUGUAGCUUAUGUGUACAUUUGUAUUUAUUUCAGAGUGCUACACUGAUUUUCUGAGAGACGAUUUUGAUGUUAAAACGUAUACUUCUCAAUCCAUCCAUCAAGCCGUGAUAGCUGAACAGCUAGCAAAACUUGCCCAAGGCAUUAGUCAACUAGAUAAAGAGCUUCACGUACAGGUAAUCCAGUUAGUCAGUCAGUCUUGUUAAAAUCUGUAUAAAAAAUGUCAAAGUCACCUGUAAUCCCUGAAUGACCUGUGACCUGUUAAUUGUAGACCAUAUUCCUGUAGAUAUUUAAUGCUCUGAAUGCACUGUAUCAAGAAUAAAAAGGUAAAAAUAACUUUAUGUAUUAUUUUUAGACCCAGUAUGGACUGAUGAAGUUUAAGGACGGUAGGGUGCCAGAGGCCUCCCCCAGAAUUUUACUCCUCCCUAUACCAUACAGAGAACCUCAUUCAAUAUGAAGAGGGUAGCAUAAUAUAGAGACGCUUGUACAAUAAAACAAGUUAGGCUCCACAUAAAGAUAUCUACAACAUAUAUUGCAGAGUACAAUGCAGAGAUAACCAUACCACAAACAUGAGGAUAGUAGAGAUACAAUACACAAAGCUAGGCACAAUACAAAGCUACCUAUACAAUUAACAGAGCUGGGUAGACUACAGAGAUACCUAUGCAACAUAUAUUGCUGAGCAAAAUACUGAGACAUAACAUACAAAGCUGGGUACAAUAAGGAGAUACUCAUAACUAUCUAACAUAGCUAGGAUCAUUGUAAUGGAUUACACAGGGCUGUAAUACAGAGAUCCCCACACAGUGCAUGUCUCUGUAAUAUACACAGUGAAAAUUACAGUGAGAGGCGCCUCUAGCGGCUGUCAAGGAGACAGCUUCGCCCAGCCCUGUCUGCAGGACAGUAUUUGGCUGUUCUGGAUCGUAGAGCAUCAGGGGAAUACUGUUGCAAUUUGAUGCCUCCCUAAUAUGUUUUUUGUUGUUGUUUUCAUUUUGAAAUUAUCUUGUAGGUAGUUGCCAGACAUGAAGAUCUUUUGGCUCAAGCAACAGGAAUUGAGUCUUUAGAAGGUGAGCUAUUUAAAAGGUUUUUGUCAUGCCUACCUCGCUAG